AUGUCGCUGAUGCCUAACUCCAGCAGCCAUUGGUCGAGAGGCGGGAUAAACCCUGGACAGAAGCCAGACUCUUUAUUUUCCUCCCUGUUUCCCCUCAGAGCGACUCAGGCUCCCUGCGCGCCGCCUCCUGCUCCGUCUCCCAGACAGAGGUUGUUCCAGAGCUCGGUGGAGGCCCCCGGGGCCCCGAGGCCCCGUCUGGACGUCACUCACAGCCCCUCAGCAGAGGAGCUGCUGGCCCACAAGGUCCUGCAGAGCUUGGAGGAAGAACAGGCUGAGAGCAAGAGGAGCUUGGAGCAGCUGAGGCGCUGGCUGGACGGCGACCCGUUGGACCAUCUGUCCACUCCGCUCUUCAUGCCGUCCUCCACCCUGCUGUCCUCACCGACCACCAUGAAGGUUGCUCCUUCAGGCCGGACCGAAGACGCUGCUGCAGCCAAGCAGAGGCCUGAGCUGGAUCAGCGUGUGGACGGGCCUUCCUGGUCCAAAGCGCCUCCGGUACCGCUGGCUCGGAGGCUGCAGGACCUGGAGCGUCAGAUCCUGGCGAGCAGAGAGGAGGAGCUGGCCUGCAGGCUGAAGCUGAGCGGGCUGCUGAGCAUCGUGGACGACUGA